AGCAGCAUGGUUGAUAACGCGGGUGUAGCCACCAAAUCUGCUCUGCAAGGCGCGUUCUCGUCCGCCGGCAGCCUUCCGCUCCAGGCUCCCUCCUCCGCCUCCUCUCACAGCGCGUUCCCCGGAGCCCAGAGCCAGCAGCCCGCCAGCGGCGGCAUGAAGCUCGAGGCCGUCAUGGAGAACCUGCAGCGGCAGCAGGCGGCGCGGCUCGCCCUGGAGGAGAAGCUCCGGCAGGCGGAAACGGAGAAAGACCUGCGCUCCAUGGUGGAGUCCCAGAUCCACCAGCAGGCGCUGGCUUUCCGCCACUACCAGGCGGCGAUGCGCGGCGCCCUGGCCGCGGGAGUCGCCAAUGCGUCCCCCGGAGCGACUCUCCUCCAGCGCGCCUCGGAGCUCCGCGGGACCGAGGAGGACGGGAGCUGCUCCAGACCGGGCAGCGACGACAGGGAGCGGGACGAGGACGGGGACGAGGACAUGGAGGAGCAGGAGGUCAUGGACGAGGACGAGGAGGGCGAGGACGACGCCGGGUUGUCCCACUACCGGGACCGGCAGCCGUCGCUCCACGGAGCCGGUCUUCCUCCGAAGGGGACCCCGCUGCAUCUCAUGGCCCUAGUCCCGGGGGCCUUCGCCCCGGCCCGGCGCGCAGAGUCCCCCUCGGCGCACCCGCAGCCCCAGCACCACGACUGGACCUACGAGGAGCAGUUCAAACAGCUGUACGAGUUGGAUGACGAUGAGAAGCGCAAAGAGUUUCUCGACGACCUUUUCAGUUUCAUGCAGAAACGCGGGACUCCAGUGAAUCGGAUUCCUAUCAUGGCCAAGCAGGUGUUGGACCUCUACAUGCUCUACAAGCUGGUCACGGAAAAGGGCGGCUUAGUGGAGGUCAUCAAUAAGAAGAUAUGGCGCGAGAUCACCAAGGGCCUGAACCUGCCCACCUCCAUCACCAGCGCAGCCUUCACCCUGCGGACGCAGUAUAUGAAGUACCUGUACCCGUACGAAUGUGAAAAGCGGGGCCUGAGCUCCCCCGGCGAGCUCCAGGCCGCCAUCGACAGCAACCGGCGGGAAGGCCGCCGGCAGAGCUACGGCUCGGCCAUCUUUAACUACUCCCCCGUGGGCACGCCCUCCUCCAUGAUGUCCUCGCCGAAGAUGCACCUGUCCCACCUGUCCAUGGCCAACAGCGGACACAUCGCCCAGGUGCCCGUGAUCAAGAAAGUCUUCUUCUCCCCAGAAGAGUCCCUCCUGGGGGGCUGCCUGCCCAGCCGGCUGGCCCUGCCCAUGUCGCCCGGCGGGCACCACGCGGCGGCGGCGGCGCUGGAGCAGCUGAGAGGGAAGCUGGAGAGCGGCGAGCCGCCCGAGAAGAAGAUGAUGACCGUGGCGGAGGAGCAGCAGAGGAUCAUGCAGCACGCGCUGCAGCAGAACCUGCUGGCCAUGGCCACGCAGCUGCCCCUCAACAUCAAGCUCAACAACAGGGAUGACAGACAAGAGACCGCAUUGAACCUGUCUACCAACGGCAUUAGCAGCAUCAACAUGUCAAUAGAAAUAAAUGGAGUUGUCUACACAGGCGUCCUGUUCGCGGCCAUGACGGGACGCCGCGGGAGACACGCCCACUGCGCCGCUCAGGGGAAGGCCAGCCCCACACAGUUCCAGCCCUCCUGCUCCUCCUCCUCUUCCACGACCUCCUCCUCUUCCUCGCUCCACGGACACAGAAACUCCUCCCCCUGACACUCCGGGCCCCCCCUCCCCCCUCCCCCCCUCCAUUCUCUCUUCUCAAAGACACCGAGCGGUGGGAGACAUGCAAGUUGUUUUUGAAGGCGGUUUUCUCUCCAGGCCAAUCGGAGUCCUCGGAAGGUCAGAUAUCGACAGGCCCCGCCCCCUCCCUCCCCGCUCGGUGUGACACGUGAUCCCCUGUGCGUCGUCAAAGACAUCCGUUCCGCGUGGAACCAAAGGAAGAUUCCCUCUUGAGCCCCAUUUCAAUCCAAAGACGUCUUCACGGCGGACCUCAGAAAACUCUUUACAGCUGAUACCAAAGAAAGGGAAACCGUCCGUCUCCGGGCGCCACGCAUCCGGCUUCUAAAGGGAGCUUAAAGCGCCGGGGAUCACACCUGACGCUUGUUGGCGAGAAGCGGCGAGAAGCGGCGAGCGCACAUCCAGAGUGGAAAUCCUCCUGCAUGACGUCGAUUCACCUCGAUGGCUCACGUCCAAUCAGACAAGUCGGUCCAUAACGUCUCAGAGAGCUGCCUAGAAACAGUCACGCCCCCUUUAAUAGGUCAGCCAAUCAGCUGCCCACCUAGCUCAGUCCCCUGGGGGCCGGCCCACACUGACCCCGUGACCCCGGACCAUCAGACCGACUGUGACGAUGAAUUGAGCUCAUUGGUUGACGGAUAUGCACCAAAUCAGCAUUUUAUGAAACGUGGCAUUCACUUCUUCUCACUCCCAUCUCACCUCUGGCUGGACGGGUCAAACCAACGCGGGACCCCCCCCCCAGCAGACCGCUGUCCGUGUCCCUGAGGAACCCAUGAUCUUUAUGUCUACCUUAGUUUUCUUGUGUGACUUUUGCACUUAGCUAACGCACGUUACGGAAUAUUCAUAUUUAUUUUAACGCAACAAAUAUACUCAGUGUCGCCCCCAAACCCCACGAUGUGUUCAUCUUUGGGAUUUUAUUUUGAAAAUACACCGUACGUAUGUAUUGAGCGGCCCCCGUAAAACUGGGUCCAGGGGGAACCGAGAACCAGAGCCGGGGUGGGACCGGUUGGGAGUGAGACAUGUUUUAUGACUGGUGCACAGGAGUAAAUACAGAAUGAUAAUAUCAGGAAUAAUCAAACGGCUCAAACCUGAGAGCUCAGAGCACCCGACUGAAGAUGUACGACUUUGAUUAUUUGCUGUUCUCAGAGUUAUUUUAGAAUAACUCCAUCAAUCAGAACCAAGAGGGAUAGAUAGUUGUCCCCGUGAACCCGACACAGCCGACCUUUGACCCCGACCUCGUGACCGAACACGUGUUUUAAAGUCGACGUCGACCACGCCGUCGUCGUCCUUUUCCCACCUCGCUCCAUCGCUCCAUUUGGACACGCCCACUCACAACGACGCACCAAAGAAUUUAAUAAACCUGUAUUCCACAGAGCGGCUGAGAUCGAUGUGAUGGAAAGCGGCGCCGCGGUCCGGCGCUUUCCUCACCCGUUACGGUAAAUAUUGCGAUCGACGUCGUUGCUCCACCGAAAAAAAACAGGCUCAACCCCAAAAGAAGAAGAAGAAAUGAAAACAGCCCCCCCCCUGCAGCGCACGAGGUUGCGUCGUCUUUUCGGAGAAAUGUCCCGCAACGCACGUUGAGCAACGCCGCGUGGACCAAUCAGCAGCAGCCGUCGGUUCACGCCGCAAAUAAAAAAAUAGAAAGCAUAAAAAAGCACAACGCUGACGUGACAGAGGGGGGGGGGGGGGAGGUAAGAGUAGAGCACUUCAACCCCGGAGGCAGGUAUACAGGAAGUGAUGUCAUCAGUCACGGUAGUUUUAUAUUGUUUUUGUUUUUUGUUUUUGAAAUGCACUUGUGUCUAACAUCAGAGAGCUUCUUCUCCCGCUUUCUUUCUUUCUUCGUUUUUCUUCCCCCCUUUUUUUUCCUUCUCCUUUUCAUAAAAAUAUAUAACAUAUUUUUCUUUUAUCGUGGGAACCGGUUUGAAGAUAUUAUUCGGGGGCUUUUGAAUCGAGUCUGCUCGAGCAUUUUAAUUGCAGAUUUUAUUUAUUGUGUUCUUUUCUCUAUUCGACCUGCAAACGUUGCAUUCAGGCUCCACUUCGUUGUUUUGAAAACUCUUCUUUAAAGAGUUUUCCGCAAUGCAGAUACCUCACCGUCUACCUGUAUAUAGUCACAGUAGGAAGACAAGAAAUACCUCACGUCUUUUGUUUUGUAUUGUACAGCCACCUGGAAACCAAAUGUUUGAACUCAAGAGAUCACUGGACCUUUUUUUUUCUUUUCCUGUCAUAUUUUGUAUGAUUAUACCAAAGAAGGGAAUAUUUUAUUGACACACAUCUACCUCAUUUGUCACAGACUGUGCCAACAAGCAUGUCCACGAUCUUGAUUGCCAGUGUAUUCAUGGUGUUUCAUAUCCAUGUGUUUGUGUGGACAUGCAAUGAUUUGAAGUCUAACAACAACAACAACAACAAUGGAUUAGACAAAAGAAUCAAGCAACAUGUUCAAAGUGCUUUUUGCUGUUUUUUGGUGUUGUGCCGGCGCAACAGAACCUUCGGUGGGACUGGAUCUGCAAGAAGACGCUCGUGGAGGAGGAAGACCCGAGGACGACGUCACGCUCCUCGAGAUAUGAACAUCGUAAAGACAGUUUUCUUUCAGGUUUGCUCGACGUCCUCUCGUCCCCGCUGACGACUGGGAGGUGCAGUUGAAAAGCGAGUCGGUGGACAUUCGAGUGGAGAUUCUCUGGUUCUACAUUCAAAGUGAAAUAUAUCUCGUAUCUCAGAGACGCAUCACGUCGGCUGAUAAUCAGAGAGAAGUGUCCCACGUCUCCAUCGACCCUUUAUCGACAAAAGACAACAUUGAAUCGACUUUUAAAACAGAUAAAAGUCUAUAAAAUACUAUAAGGCAACAUUGUUGCCCUUUCCAGGGCGAUGCCGAUGAAUGCCGACGCGGGGUUUCGGGUUAUGAGUCUAAACACGGCCUCUCUCGUUUCCCCGUUACACGAUAACACGUCCGGCUCAAGGAGUUGGUCCCGACUCCACGAGAAGCAGAUUUAAAGGUUUCCCUUUGUCGGAAAAAAAAAUACCCGCGUGUUUAUUCAUGAAUAAACAAUAUAUUGGAUUCAUUUCAUCUCUCAAGCAUUAAUAUCACUCGUAUCUACCUCAUGAACUCAGUAUCGCCACAGCUCCGCAGUCGGGAAGGAGCUCGACUCCACUUGCACAGAAUGAAUCCAGUGAAUCCAAUUUAUUUAGCGAGCGCAUUAACGCACACGUUGGAUCUGAACGACCUGCUGACCUUUCACGUGGCUCUCAUCCCCGUCCGACCUUCCACGCAAGAUUGUUCAAAGUUCUCGACCCCCCACCCCCCCUCCCCUCCCCGGGGCCAAUUUUACUGGCGUUGGAGCUAAUAAUAUAUUGUGUGACUGUGUAUUAAUAGUGACCGUUGAAAAGAUGUGUUCAAACACAAUCGGCGUGCAGCAGAGGACAAUCGGCCGAGAGCUUUUACUUGAAAUUGUGUUCUUUAACAAUCAGAGCGCGGGAAGGCCCGAGGACCCGAAACAUGGAACCAGGACGUCGGCCCCCCGGUGGUGGACUCGGGUACUGGUUCCUCCAAACUGGACCAGACAGACGUUCCUCCGCCCUUCAGCAGAGUUGCCAAGUGGGAGAAGUAUUAUUUUAGGGUUUGUUCCGGGACACGUUAACUCUCCAAGGUACAAAAGAAAAGGACUCAUUCAUGAUGUGGCGCCCUGUCCGUCUUUAUCACGCCCAACUGCUGCACUGCGGAAAAGGACUUGAGUUGUAUUUGAGUUUUUUAAGGGAUACGAGCUGCUUCUCUCACUUCACAACUCUCUGUCGCGUGGCCGGCGUCCAGAUUCUGACUCGGAUCCGAUCCCCUGGUCUCCGUAUCUCGAUCAAACACGGCUACAGAUAUUAAAAAAUACAAACUCAUGUUGCGGUGGUCUUCUGGGAGACUGUUGGUUCAACAGAGAAAAGGGGGUUGGGCCAUUCCCUGUGUCAUCAGCCGAUUGGUCGUUGGCGGUCAACAUUAUUCAAACGGGCCAAACCUCAACCAGAAUGCACUUGGUUAGCUUCAGGAAAAGAUGGUGGUUUGGCUUCAAAGACCCACGUUGGUUACAGAAGGCCAGUUAGAACAUACGGCCUCCUGGGGGUCAGUCCCGUCUCCCUAGAGGUCGCCUUCUUGUCGGGCCGCCAUCCCAACAGAUGACCUGUUGACCCCACUGAGCCACAUCCAUGAGACCCAUAUAGAGUCAACUCAAACAAAGAUCGAGUCCAUUAGUGGGGACGAAGUCUUGGGAUUCUUACGUUUUGUUGUAUUUACUCGUUAAAAAUCGCAAAGGACAUUACAUUGCCCACCAUCGUGCAAAUUUGUACUUUGAAGCCCCUCCCCCCCAAAAAAUAAAAUUAAUAUUCAGAGCAACACAAAUGUCUGUGAGGUCUCAAGGUCGUGAUGCACAGGAUACCCCCCCCCCCCCCCCUGAAGGACCAGGGCUCAUCCAGGCCAGUAUCCAUGUUCUACUUCCCUGACCCCACCCCCCUGUACAUACUGCUGAAUGAACACUUUCGGGUGACUGUUAUUCUGGCAUUCUUCUCACCAAAGAGUUUUUUCAAGUCGUGACCACGCUCAUGUGAUUUUAAAUUGUUUUUUUGGGGGGGGGGGGGGGGGUCAUAACCAACAGCAGAGCAGACGAGCGAAAAGAAAGCGACGGCUCUGCAUGCGAGAAGAAAAGAAAAAAGAAGAAGAAAAUAAUGGACUUGUGUAAUCAAAUGACAUGUUGUUUACUUUGUAUUAUGCUAUGCUGGUAGUUUUUAGACACUAAUCGCUUUAAUAGCUGUUUAUGACGCUUUCAAUGUUUCCUUUUCGUUCAUCUUGGAUAAAUCCAGUGCAUUAUGGGAAUGCUGGAUUGUGGUGCUCAGGGGUUCAACAUUUACAAAAAAGAAAAAAGAGGUGAAAGAGAUUUUUUUUCCCCGUUUUGACUUGUGGCGUAUUUAGAAAUAAAAAUGAUGCUUUUAACUUC